GCUGUAGUCUUGUUCAAUCACAGACUAUAUUGCGGCAUUUAGUGUCAUGGAACGAGUGAAACGCGAGACUACGGUGCAGGCGCCCCAGGUGUGCACCGCAUGUAAAGUUCGCAAAAGAGGCUGCGACAAGGGCCUUCCGAGCUGUAGUUAUUGCAACAGCCGAAAUUUACUAUGCGAGUAUUCGUCAGUUUCGGCCCCGAAAAAACCUUCUGCCUCCGAACUACGUAAAAUGUACCUGCCGGUGAUGGUACCGCCACAGCCGACACCAGACUUUCAACGCGGCCUUUGUCCCAGCGUCCGGGCUUCCGUAAUACUCAUGGACGCGGUAAUAGAUUGGUUGCCAUCCCAACCUCUUGCUGCUGACCGCCUGCUAGAGAUUCAGACUGUCGAUGAUCUGUUAUACCGACAGGUCUAUCGAAUAAUCCAGACAACUGGCCUAUUCUUAGACGAUAUUACUAUUCAUUUCUUUCAAAGCAUUCACAGAUGGAUCCCAAUAAUAUCAAGAAGCCGACUUCAGGAGACUCUGGUCGGGAACUGCUGCCCAUGGCCCGCCGAUUUAUCUAUCCUUUUACUGACUAUGUGCUUGGUGGUCUAUCAAGACACCAGUGAGCCUUCGACCCCUGACGUGGAAACACUAUAUUUGAGUACCAAAAUGCUAUUUGCUCACAUUCAGAGCGUCAUUCCAAUAUCAACAAAUCUUAUCCAGGCUAGCAUUUUGAUUGCAUUCUUCGAAUAUGCCCGUUUUCAGGUCGAUGCGGCUUUCAUCUCACUCGGCCUUUGUAUAAGGUUAUCACUUGCGGCCGGUUUGGAUUUGCCUGAGAGACGACCAAGGGGACAUGAUUGGAGGGAACUGGAAGAGGAACGAAACAUGUGGUGGGCGAUUGUUAUUCUUGAGCGAAUGUUUAUUUGUGAAACAACACUACCCGGAAAGCGCUUAGCAACACAAUUUCCAGCCACUGAGUGCUAUCUUCCUUCUGAAGCUGAAGGGCUUGAUAGACGCACUGAGACGUCACUGCCAUUGUUAAGCGAGUCUAUGAACAACCUUGCGACAAGAGUAGACUGUUUUUGUCGCGAAGUUCAGGCAGCCCUUUUGCUCGACAGGGUGUGGAGUGUAGUAGACGAAAAACGCUCAUUCGACAUGGAAAUAGAUUCAAUGAUCUCUCAUAUCGACAAAGAAUUGUGGUCGUUUUUGGGUAUCAUCAUGGAACAAUGUAAUGGUGUUUACGGGGUUUCGUGUGGGGCGAUUGCCAUAACUCUUCGGGCGCUGGAUACCCUCCAUUCUUACCUCUUGAACUCGACUUCAGCUCCUCAGUAUGGCUUAACAUCUCAGACCGCUAUCGACAGCAUCGUAAAAAUGACAAUCGAUAUUGCCGCCUCCCAUAAUACGAUAUUUACUGAGGUUAACGUCGACACUGUUCCUCCAUCGUGCGGAUACAUUAGCCGUGCUGCACUUCGACAUUUGGAAAGAUCUUCUAGGUUUCAUGAUCUCAAACCUGAAUGGUUGAAAACAUUGUCGAAGUCUGCUAAAUUUUUCAACACUCGCUGGGGCAUGAUAUCACCUCGAACCCAUCCCGCAGUGUAAUUGCAUGAAGAUCCUUCGAAAUCCGCCUAAAGAAAUAGCAUCGGGCAUUUAAAUUGAUUAGUCCACUGUACCUACUAAUGACAUGUGCUAGCGGAGGUUUUAAUCCUUCGCGCAGACAAAAUUAUCUAGAGUUACAAUUAAUUCUCUCAGUCCAGCUGGCCCAACUUGCAAGUCCUUUUCUCCUAUUGAACUCUCCAAAUCAUCAUAUUCUAGGUCGAAACAAUGUUCAAGUCC